CCAUCAAUUUUCAAUUCCUCAUUUUUGUUCCUACCCCUUUUCUCUCUCUCUCUCUCUCUCUCUCUCUCUCACACACGCGCGCGUUCAGCUCCAAGGAAACGUAGACUCCGUCGUCUUCUUCCGAGAUCGUUGUGGAAGAAUGGCCGGCCAUAAAAUCGCUCACGCCACGUUGAAAGGACCAAGUGUCAUCAAGGAGAUCUUGAUCGGUAUCACCCUUGGACUGGCUGCUGGCAGCGUCUGGAAAAUGCAUCACUGGAAUGAGCAGAGGAAAGUGAGGGCAUUUUAUGAUCUUCUGGAGAAGGGCGAGAUCAGUGUUGUUGCAGAAGAGUAAGCACUAGUCAUCUCCUGUCCUCUGAUGGACAAGUUCAGGAAUAACCUGUCAAUUUGUUUUUUUCCUUCAAUUGUCUCUUGAUCAUGAGAUUUACUUAGUUGACUGAAGAAUAAAAUUGUGCUUUGACAUUCAAACCCUACUGCUAUUGGAAAGUCAUUCUAGUUUUCUGGUUU